CUGAGAUGUCGUGCGACGCGAUGGCGCCGGCAGAGGUGGCGGCGCUGACGACGAGGUCGGUGCUCAAGUUGGGCGAGGGCAGCUUCGGCGCCGUGCACCUGGUGCACCGCAAGGGCGUGGCCUGCGCUCUCAAGGUGGGCGGCCGCAGAGCCGACGCCGCCUCCUUCGAGAGCGAGGUCAAGAUCACGGAGGCCCUGGCGGGCGCGGGCGGCGCCCCCCUCGCGCUGGCCUUCUGCCGGGAAUCCCCGGCGAUGCUGAUGUCGUACCGCGGGCGGCAGGACCUGGUGGGCUUCGUGAGCAAGAGGCUCCUCUCGCCUCGCGAGUGCCUGGGCGCCGCCCUCUUGGUGGCCGAGGCGCUGGAGGCCGUGCACGCCAAGGGCGUCGUCCACUGCGACUUCAAGAUCGACAACGUCGUGGUGGAAACGAGCAAGAAGGGCGCGCUCUAGCGGGUCAGCAUCGUCGACUUCGGAAUGGCACUCCGCGAGGGCGGCACUCACUGCCACGGCCACGGCGCUCGCCUGGCGUGGCACUGCGACUGCUUCCAGAGCGGGCGGGGCGUGGCGCCCGCGUGCGACUACGUCGGGCUGGGCGUCCUCUUCCAGGACCUGGCCAAGAUGACGGAGGGCGCGCCGAGGGGGCUGCGGGACGUGGCCGCCCGGCUGAGGCGCCGAGGCCACGAGGAGAGGCCGCGGAUGGCGGAGGUC